AAAAAGUAAUCAAAUAAAAUACCUAUGUAUAAAAAAUAUGGCAUCAAUUUUCAUUCGGUUUGUUUUGUUGCGUUCCAAGAUUGUAAAAUUCGGUGAUGUCAGUUUUCCUUUUCUGGACACUGUUUAUUUUUCAUGCAUUUUUCAAUGGAUAUAUUUCGGCAAUUAAGGAACUCAAAAUGGAAAUCGAAAGCAUCACAGUUUGUCCAGGAAAUGAUAAGAUGAGGUAUCCGAUACGUGAUCUAAGUUUCAAUAGAAUGAACGAAACACACUCGGUUCUGAGCUUCAAAGUAGAUUAUUUGGACGAUAUAGGAGAAAAUAUUUGGACUCAGAUCGAAUUGGAAAGAUGGGCCAAUGGAGGAUGGGUGAGCGUUCCUUUUAUAACGCAGAAAAAUCCGUGUAAGAUGGGCCUUAACUACUUUCCGGAAAUCUGGGUUACCUUUCUUAAGGCCAUGAAAGUUGAAGAACCCGAUAAAUGUCCAAUUCCAAAGGGGAGCUAUUCUCUACAGAAUUUCCUUAUUCCAAUACAAACUGUAAAAAUUCCACUUUGGACAGGUAGAUUUCGUCUGAAGAAUAUUUGGACUGGGUCUAAGAAAUCGAAGGAUUACUACUAUUGCCUAGAAGUGGGAUUAACUUGCGAAGAAAAGUUAUGA